CACAGACUGACACACAGACUGACACAGAGACUGACACAUACACUCACAGACCGACAGAUCAAGCUGUUUUGACCGUCCUUAUGUAUGUUACUGUGAACACCUCUAGGAUUUACAUUUUUUCUAAGGGAUCUAACUCCUGUCUGAUUUGACAAGUAAAUUGUGACAACAUAUACGACAAUAUUUUCAUAUUCUUGAUCUCACUCCCGUGAAGCCAAAAGAUCUGAAGGGCUGGACGUGAAGGAAAGAUUCUCCACUCUCUGAGAAACCAGGCUGUGGAUAAGAGACGCAACUGAACUGAUCCUCCCUGUAUUCAACCAGUCUACAGAUAGGGGACACAACUGCAAGUUUCUUAUCGUGCUUAAAUGGAAGGGACGCAAACGCGCUGUUUGAAUCUAAAGUGUUUAUUUAAACAAAUUCAAACUGAGAGAAGAAUGAGAACAGGUGGAGUAGAGAGUACACGGACAGCUGACAGCCGUUUGGGCACAAGGCCCAGCUCCACAGCCGUGCUGUAGCCAGCCCCGUGGCAACAAUUCCAUGCUUGCGACAGAUAGUCAAACACAUAUCCAAGCCAGUUUGUCGGAGUUUGCCGUGUUGAAGCCUGCCUGGCUAACGUGAGACACCCCCUGAGCCGGUGAUGUCCGUUAAUCAUCCAACUUGAGGUCCAAUACACACCAAGGGAGAGCUGUUCAAAGGGACACAAUCUACAAAGUUUCAAGGGACACAAUCAACAAUGUAUAAAGGGACACAAUAUAUGCAGUAUUAGGGGACAUAAUCUAUACAUUUUUAAGGGACGUAAUCUACAAAAUAAAAAGCGAUGUAAUCUACACAGUUUUAAGGAAUGCAAUCUACAAAAUAUUAGCUGACGUAAUCUACAAAAUAUUAGGGGACGUAAUCUACAAAAUAUUAGGGGACGUAAUCUACAAAAUAUUAGGGGACGUAAUCUACAAAAUAUUAGGGGACGUAAUCUACAAAAUAUUAGGGGACGUAAUCUACAAAAUAUUAAGGGACGUAAUCUACAAAUCUUACUGAACAUGCUGGAUAGGAGGACAAUGAAUCUCAUAAAGUUGACACUUACAUAGGAUUUCGUUCACGGUGAAGGGCCAGGGACAACGUGGUCACGUGGUACAGGACUAGAAGAAUGCCGUCAAGCGAGACACUGGGCUACAGCUCCAUGAACGUGCACAGGGCGUCACGGAUCAAUGAGAUUGAGGGGGCUCGCCUAGAGAAGAAAAUCAGCUGUUUUGAGCAGGCCAGGCUCCACCAGGUCAGGUUGACUAAUCAGGCCAUCCGACUGCUGACCGUGUCUCUGGACUACAUCCAAGCCUCCAGUGGACACAGUCCCGAGGCCCGGACCUCCCACAGCCCAGGGACGGGCGACACCCUGCCCUUCGUCCUGUAUGGCGAGAGAAUAUGGAACCGGAAGCGGAGACGGAUCACGCGACCCACGUCUGCUGUGGUCACUCGCUGGGGGGACCCUACGUUAGGUUCGUUGGCCUUGACCUCAUCGGACACUAACCUGAGUCAAGGUCAGUCUGUAUCUAGUAUAGGCCAAAGUUGGUCUGCUUCUAGUAUUGGUCAAAGUCGGCCCGUAUCUAGUAUAGGUCAGGGUUGGUCUGCUUCUAGUAUUGGUCAAGGUCGGCCCGCAUCUUCUAUAGGUCAAGGUCGUUCUUCUUCUAGCUUGGGACGAAGUCGACCCAGCUCAGCAAAAACUUCCUCUCACGAGACCACAUGUGAUCAGACGGCAAGACGGACUGAGUGCAUGUCGCCAUUUUUGACCCCCCGGGAACGGGCGACGCCCCAUCAAGACUGGGAGGACGACACGGCGGAAGUGACGAAGAAAAUCUUCAAGAACCAGGAGCGGGAACGGUCCGGCAAGGGCCACGGCGUGUAUCAAUCGGCCGGGGAGGUUUUGAUCCAGCAGUCGUCCCGCAGCGUCCGGGGACUCAUGCGGCAGAUCAAGAUCUCGGCCACGCCCAUCUCCCAGCAGCUCCAGGCUCCAGAGGCCCGGCCAGGUCACGGUGACCCGCGGCUCAUCACACAGAGACUAAGUACAACGCUUGACCCGACGCGCCAGAAAAAAGUUCCACCGAACGCCAAAAUCUGGCACUCAUAACUUGACACUUGGUCGCAGCUAAAAACUUGACAAUUGGCCACAGCUAAAAACUUGACAAUUGGCCACAGCUAAAAACUUGACAAUUGGCCACAGCUAAAAACUUGACACUUGGUCGCAGCUAAAAACUUUCGUCACAGCUAAAAACUUGACAAUUGGCCACAGCUAAAAACUUGACACUUCGUCACAGCUAAAAACUUGACACUUCGUCACAGCUAAAAACUUGACACUUCGUCACAGCUAAAUACUUGACACUUGGCCACAGCUAAAAACUUGACACUUGGCCACAGCUAAAAACUUAACAAUUGGCCACAGCUAAAAACGUGUCACUUGGUCACAGCUAACUUGUGACUUGACAAACAUCGUACUGCAGUGUUACAUAAAAAUGAAAUCGAAGCAGACAAAGUUAGAACACGUAUUAACGCCCCUGAUACAACAUAAUCUCCACUAGCAUGGAACGAAAUGUGUGGUGUAACAAUUUGUCAAAUACACGCCAAAAAUACGUGUCAGACAUCAGUGGUGUAACCCUACGCGGGAGUUUAGUUCAAAACACGUUGUGAUUUAUUGACAAGUCUAAAACAUUUUUUUUUAUCACACCCCGUGAAGUAAUACCCUGUGAUACCACAUUUGUUGGUUGAAUGAAUCUAAUUUUAUUCCACGACCCCCACGACCCCCACCAUCGUUCACACAAAGAUCUGCUGCCUCGUUUUAAACUUGAAGUAGGCCGUGCACAGGCGGAUGAAUUUGAAUGUGUAUCCUCUACAGCCGAGUGCACCUAGCGGACUGCUCGAGUGCCGCAUGCUCGUACAUUCUCUGCUUCAACAAAACGUCUGCCUAAACAAAACGUCUGUCCUCGCUGAUUAACCUUAACGUUGUUUUAACGUGUCAAGACUAUGGGCUGUCAGAUCACCCCGUCGCUAACAACUCGCUGUACGUCUCCUGGCUGAGCGUUACCUCGCUUAACGCCACUUCAAUUAGCCUUAUCCCCUUUCAUGAGUUGCUGUCAUAAACUUGGCCCCGUGAAGGGCUACCUGGCAACAAACACUCGACCCAUCAUCUCCCCUCUUCGCUGGCAACCCGUGGCCGUACCCAUAAUGCUCGUUUGUCUUACGUCGUCUGCCGGACCAGCGACGGCCGGGUGACAGGUGAAGGGUGAGGUGCGGCACUAACUCUUGCCGGAAGCACCUCCACGUGUGGACCUGCAGUUCCAGGUAAAUAUUUCCGCUCGGGUGAAACUUUUAACAGCACAGCGCACCCAGUACUGGUCGACUCGGCUGAGCGCUGAUCUGAUACACUUGCACUAAAGACCUGUCCUGAUACACUGCACUAAAGACCUGUCCUGAUACACUGCACUAAAGACCUGUCCUGAUACACUACACUAAAGACCUGUCCUGAUACACUUGCGCUAAAGACCUGUUCUGAUACACUGCACUAAAGACCUGUCCUGAUACACUGCACUAAAGACCUGUCCUGACUGCACUAAAGACCUGUCCUGAUACACUGCACUAAAGACCUGUCCUGAUACACUACACUAAAGACCUGUCCUGAUACACUUGCACUAAAGACCUGUCCUGAUACACUGCACUAAAGACCUGUCCUGAUACACUGCACUAAAGACCUGUCCUGAUACACUUGCACUAAAGACCUGUCCUGAUACACUGCACUAAAGACCUGUCCUGAUACACUACACUAAAGACCUGUCCUGAUACACUUGCGCUAAAGACCUGUCCUGAUACACUUGCGCUAAAGACCUGUUCUGAUACACUUGCACUAAAGACCUGUCCUGAUACACUUGCGCUAAAGACCUGUUCUGAUACACUGCACUAAAGACCUGUCCUGAUACACUGCACUAAAGACCUGUCCUGAUACACUUGCGCUAAAGACCUGUUCUGAUACACUGCACUAAAGACCUGUCCUGAUACACUACACUAAAGACCUGUCCUGAUACACUACACUAAAGACCUGUCCUGAUACACUGCACUAAAGACCUGUCCUGAUACACUUGCGCUAAAGACCUGUUCUGAUACACUGCACUAAAGACCUAAUCGAGCGCAGAUCAGAUGGGAUUAUCCAGGUUUUGUGUUCCAGCCACCAACAACUAAAGAAAUCAAUCAAUAUUGUAUUGAACCCAUUCGUUAUGGUUUACCUUUCAUGCAAUAAAAUAUCUUUUAAGUUC